GAUUAAUUUAAGGUUAUGUGACUUUAUUUUUAAUUCUCAAAAAAUGUCAAGAAAAAGUAAACAUUAUUAAGGAAAUUCAAAAUUUAUCCAGAAAAGUAAAAUUAAUUCUUCUAAAAUCGCAUCUGCUAGAUCCUAAGGUGCGUAAAACUGCAAUUAACCUUAAAAAAGGAAGUAUUUAACUCAAAAAAUUAUAAGUAUGCCAGUGGAACAACCAGAUACUGACCUAGUAAAAAAGGAUGGAACUGCAAAUGGUGAAAUUAAGAAUACAGAGUCCAAAGCUCCUACAACUAAAUCAUCUGGUCUUAUGAAGCUGUCUAGUUAUGUCCUGGCUUUAAGACCCUGGUCAUUAAGUGCUAGUCUUAUGCCUACAUUAUUAGGUUCAACAAUAGCAUAUAAAUAUCCUGGAGCAACAGACUUUAACUAUUUGACUUUGAUUUUUACCAUUUUUACUGUAGUAUCUGUACACGGUGCUGGCAACGUCGUUAACACUUAUUUUGAUUAUGUGAAAGGGAUUGAUAACAGAAAAUCAGAUGACAGAAUUCUUGUCGACCGUAUCCUUUCAAAAGACGAAGUAGUUUCGUUGGGCGCUCUGCUGUACUUUUGUGGAUGUGUGGGAUUCAUCGCUAUGGCCGCCAUGUCGCCGGCCAAAAUGGAACAUCUCGCCUUAGUGUAUUUUGGAGGUUUAUCGUCAAGCUUUCUUUAUACGGGAGGCAUUGGUUUUAAAUAUAUCGCGCUGGGGGAUGUGCUGAUCUUAACGAUUUUCGGCCCCAUUUCUGUUUUGUUUGCCUUUUUGGUUCAAACAGGUAGAAUCGAAUGGGCUACAAUCUACUAUGCCAUACCUCUAGCUUUAAAUACUGAAGCUAUUUUGCACAGUAAUAAUACACGAGAUUUAGAGUCAGAUAGGAAGGUUGGCAUCGUAACCUUAGCUAUAAUUAUAGGACAUACGGCUUCACAUGUCCUAUAUGCUUUUUUGCUUUUUACCCCUUACAUAAUGUUUAUGGUAGGCACAUUAAAAUACUCGAAAUGGUUUAUGUUGCCGUUAGUUACACUGCCCAGCGCCUUUAAAAUAGAAAAACAGUUCAGAUCUAGUGAUAUUCAAGAAGUGCCUAAGAAAACCGCUCGUCUUAACUUAUAUUUUGGUAUUUUGUAUGUUUUGGCUUGCAGCAUGGUUUCGAGCUUACCAUUCAUAACUCAAAGAUAGAUAGUGGAGGCCCUGCUUCUAGCGCUUUUUAUUAUCAGAAUGAUUUUCGUUGUGUUAAGGAAUUUAAUUAGGAAAAGUAUGCAUUGCUGAAAUUUCAAUCCAGUUUUCAGGGAUCUUAUAGCAAACUGGAUCAAAGAACCCCUUACUCUGAACAGAAUUAUUUGUUGUAUAAUUUGCAUAAGUUUACUAUAUAUUUAUAGAUAAAUGUUCGAUAUAUUUUUAAUUAAAUUGUUUUGAAAUAAAUCAACCGGGUUUCUUUUGUUGAUAAUAAUUCAAUAUUUUUAUGCUUAAUGACACGCAUGGCCUAAAAUACCACUUAGUACUUACUUUAAUUUAACAUUAGAGUAAAGUGGGACAAAAGCACGCAGUUAAUGUUUGAACUCCCCUAGUUUCCACCUUAAUUGAAAAAAAUAUAAAAAAACACAAAUGGAUGAAAGCUUCAAGUCAGUACUAUAAAAUAUCUGAUGGAAAAAAUUUAAAUGUAAAUGGUUUUAAAGUUAUUAAAAAAAAUAUGACAAAAUGUCAAUUGCGUUCUUUUGCCCCAGUAGGGGGGUAAAAGCACGCAUGCCGUGGGGCAUAAGUACGCACCUUGUUUUUAAAAUGAAACUUCUUUUUAUUGUCAAUUUAACAUUGCAUUUAACAAAAACUAAAAAAUAUUUCACAACAUACGAACUUAUAGAAAACAACUUAAACUAAAUAACUCCUGAACAAAUAAUAACAAAAAAUAAUGAAACAUUAGAACUUGCUAAUAGCAACUACUUAAAUCUUUGGCUUAAACACAAUGGUCACAUUUAAAUGCACCAACGCCUUCAUAAGGAGAACAAUCUUCAUGCCACCAUUCCUGGCAAUAAUUGCACUGAACCCAAUCAUCGUUGGGAGUUUCCAAAAAUGAUUCCUCACAACCAGGACAAAUGACAUCUUCUGUUUCAGCGCUUUUUAGAGUUUCUCUAAUUUCAUAUUUUUUUUCAAACGCAGUUUUUAUUUUUUUGUUUUUAGGCCCUGUUUGUGUUUUGGUUUCAAAGACAUUUCUUUUGCCUUUAUUAUUUUUGUUUCCUUCGCGCUUUUUUACUUCCUCCUCCAAAGCGUCUUUAACAGGUGUGCUAGUUAUUAUUUCUGAUUUUUUCCCCUUACUUUUUCUUGUCAUAGGGUCCUUUUUUUUAGGAAUAGGCAAAAUAUCGGAGGGGCGAAUAUGUUUUUUGUCAUUUCUUGGUUUUUCAGAUGCUAUUGUUGCCAGUACAUCAGCGUUGGUUGAUGUAGAUGGCUGUAAAUCAGUAACUGCAGAUGGUUUUUGAAUAGGCUCUGGAACAACUUUUGAUGUAGACGGUUGCGGCUGAGGUGACUGAUCAUUAAUCUCUGAUUGUCGGAAUUCAAUUAAAGAUUGUAGUAAAUUAUUUGAAGUUGAUGGCUCCAAAAUAUUCUGAGAUGUAGAAGGCUGAAGGACAAAAUCUUCUAGUUGAGGUAAAUUUUCCUGCGGUAUGGAUUGUUGGUCAGUAACAGUUGAUGGUAAGGUACGAUUCCACAUUUUUUUAAAGCCGUUAAUUGCUUUUCCCAUGGUACCCACAGUUUGGUAUGCCUCUGCAAACAGUAAAGAUAUCUGAAAUUGUGUAACCACUUUCCCAGGAUUACUUACUAAAUACCGCUCACAUGCUUCAGCAAACUUGUCUUUUAAAGGCUUAAAAAUACAUCUAUCCAGCGGUUGUGUUUUUUGGCUACUGUGUGGCGGCAAAGACAACAUAUGAAUAUUGUGAUUGCGGGCAAACAAAACGGCAUCUAGAUACAAAUAAGAGGAAUGAUUGUCUAGAAUGAAAAGGACCGGGUUCUCUUCUGAUGGCUUUACGUGUUUUGUAAAAUGCUCCAGCUACUCCAAAAAUAGGGGUCCAUUAAUAUAUCCAGAAUCUGAUGUCAAUAGCAGAGAGUCUGGGGGGGCGCCAUUAAGAAGUUCUUGUUUACGUCUUUUUCGGGGAAAUAUUAUAGCUGGAGAAACAUAAGCUCCAGAUGCCGACAUGUAGCACACAACAGUGACAGUUUGUCCUCGAUCAGCAGAAGAGACUUUGCCGAUUCAUUUUUUGCCUUUUUCCGAAACGACUUUGGGUGUUUUAUUAGGAACCGUUGGCAGACCACUUCCAUCCAUGUUAAACAUUCUGGAAACCCCAAAUUGGUGCUUCUCCCAGAGAACUUUAAGGUUUGAAAAGUACCUGUCCAGUUGUACUUUAUUAAAGCCCAUCAUUCUGGCUACACUGGUCUUUGAUGGUGUUCUUAUAGACAAACGGUGUCUUUCAAGAAAACUGUAGGCCCAAUCCUUCCCAGCCAUCUGUUUUUCACGAGAAAAAGAAUGAUUUAUGUUGUUAGCUUCAGCAAACUGAAAAGCUAUUUGUCGCAAGCUUUUAAAAGUUAGGCCAUAGAAUAUUUUUUCCAGGGUUUUUGCGUGUUCUGCGAGUUCAUUAUCAAGUUCUAUCGUAAAUACCUUUUUAAAUCGACCUAACUGCUGAACCCCACAAUCCACUUUUAGUCGCUUUCUUUCUGAAAUUUCUAAUUGCGAAGCAGCUUGGCGCUUGAAUAAACCAUUUUGGAUCAGCUUCUUAGCUCGAUUAAGAAUUUGUGGCGUGAUGGACGUGCGCUCUGAUUUUCUUUUGUAGUCCCUAAAAACAAGAAAAUGGGUUACAAAAAUUCAUGGGGUAAAAGUACGCGCGAACUUGUGCCCCACAUGCACUUUCUUAUUUUUUUUUUUCAGUGUAAAUCGACACAAGCACGACUCACAACAGGUGAAUAUAUUUGAGAUUACGAUUGGGCUUUUAUAACAAAUAAACGUUGUUAUCGUAAUUUGCACUAUAAAAGCAUAUUACAAGAAUCUGUAUGUACGAAAAAUAACAUUAAAAUAGCAAAAAAUAAACUAACCUCAUUUUCUCCUUCCUGUAAAGCCGAAAAACUAAACUGGUACACUUUACAUUGUAGCGACAUCUGACCCUUAAAUCGCGUGGAGACAGACUGAUCGUACAUGCACUCGGGCCGGACAUAUUGGCACUGCGUUAUUUUACCCGCCGCAUGGUUUUGCCCCACUCUACUCUAUAAGGGUUUUUCGAGAUAGAUUAGUAGUGCAGCUAGAGUUGUUAGUUCUAUUGAUUUAAAACUUAGUGGCGCACAGAGGCUACACCAGGCCCGGAGCAAAUUGCGAAGGGUUUUUUUAAUCCACCGUUUAGUAUAGAUUACAACGAUUUUAAUCCUAAUAAGAUAUCUCUUUGGCAUGUAGGGACAUAUGUUUCUAGAGAUCAUAGACUCGUAAUUAACGAAAACAACACUCAAUUAAUUUUGUUUAAAUCUAAAGAAACUAUUUAAAACGAUCAGCGUUUUUCAUUGACUUUAAAUGGUAUUUCGUCAAGCCCAAUAGACAGUCACAAGAAUUUUAGUCUUUAUAUCGAUUCAGAUUUAAGAUUCUACAGUCAUGUAUCAUCAGUUAUACAGAAAAGUUGUGCAAUACAUAGAUUACUGUAUAUGAAUCGAGAAGCCUUUGAUAGAGAAAAGUCGCCAAAUAUAGUUAGUUCCUUUUAAGGAAUCUUAGAAACCUUUCUGGUACUUUCUCAAUGUGGUCUACGUGUGGGUAAGCUGACAACAUCCAAAUAUGUGCCGUGUUUCCAUAUGUGCUCUUACUGAGGGCACGAUAUACAGUUUAACAAUUGUUUUCAUUUAAAUAAAGCAAAAACAACUUAUAAAAAAAAUAAUUUCAACCAAAUUUUUGGAACUUUUAUCUCAUCUGAACUGAUCUGAUGAUUCUUGCCCCUUUUCCAUUUAAUCCUAUGUAACAUAAAAUCCCAUGCAACAUAAAAUCAUAGGCAAAGUCGUAAGAUAGAGUAAAAGAGUGAUUCACCGAUUCCCCACUUACGCUGGCCACUGAGAGGGAAAAUGUAGGGGAAGGUGUCCUAAAAUGACAUAUUUUUUAUUUAAAUCUUGUUUAUGCAAAAACCAUUUAAGAUAAUUAACUCAAAAUAAUACACCACGUUGCUUUAAAUAAACUUUAUUGACAAACAUAAACAAAAAUAUACUCUAUUUAAAACUUGUAAGAAAAUGCAUUUUAAAAAACGUUCCACUAUGUCGUUUCACAAAUAUGAAUAUUGUAAAAUGACACAGUAGGUAUAAAAUGACAUAUACUUAAAACAAGUGAUAACACAAAUAGAACUUAUAAAAUAUAGUUAAAGAAAGUAAGCUAAUAAGGAAUUAGUCUUGGCAAAUCUCGCAAAUAAACUUUUUGACUUUUGGAGAAACUUCAGUACAUUCGCAAUGUGCCUAAUUGUGGCAAUUCAUACAACCAAAUCAAGACUCCCUGGAUCGAGAAUUUUUGACUAGAUCGUUGCAAUACAGACAUGCCACUUCAUCCUCAUAAUCCUCGGCUGCAAAAGGAUCUUCUUCACUUUCGCUUCGUGCAACAAAACUUGUCUCACCUAAAAGGUUCUUUUUAAAUUGACGCACAUUUUUUCGCAAUUUCUUUCCUUCCUUUAGCUUUAACUCUUCUAAAUUGGGAGUAGUUGUUAAGACUCCGGUUAUAGUUUGUCUGGUCUUCCUUUUUUUGGUUCCUCUUGCUACAGGCACUGGCGAAAUUUCCUGUAGAGAAAUUUUUUUUUUCUUAAUGGUUGAUUUUGUUUUAUAUUGCUUUCUGUCUGAUCACCUCUCGGUUCAUUUUCUUUAUCGACACUUUUGCCUUGUUUUUGUCGCAUUACUUCUUCUGUAACACCAAUUACUGUUAUUUCAUUGCUUGUUGAUGGUUGUUCUGGGCGAUGGGAUGCUCCCUCUUCUAUGGUCGGUUCUAAUAAUCUAUUUGUUGUCUCAGCCGGCUCAAAAAACUCGUCUGGGAAAAUAUGUGGAUUAAAUGGAUAAACUCCCGUAUUUAAAAAUGCGCUUGUGGCAUUUUUAAUUGUAGCCGCUUUCCCGUAAGCGGACGUAAACAGUUCACCAAUUUGAUGUAGUGUUAUUACUCUCCCUGGAUGGUUUUUUAACCAAAGUGCACAUUCCUGGUUAUAAAAUGUUUUUAGUGGACCAUAGAAGCUGACAUCCAGGGGCUGCAUACGAUGGGUACAGUGGGCAGGAAAGCAUAAAGGGAUUAUUCCAUUUCUUCUGGCAAACGUCAAGGCUUUUAAUGAUUUGUGGCUACUGUGUCCAUCCAGAAGUAAUAAAACUUUUGAGUCGGGAGAAGCUUUAACAAAAGUCUGAAAAUGCUUUAACCACAAAGCAAAGGAAUCAGAUGUCAUCCAUCCAGUCUCGUUAAAUAAUCUCAAAGAACCUGGAGGUAAAGCAUCUAAAAGUUCCUCCUUUCUAUUUUUCCUAGGGAAAAUCAAAGCAGGUGGCACAAAAUUUCCUACACUAUUCAUGCAGCAAACACAUGUUACAUGCUGACCUCUUUCAGCACUGGUUAAUGAUCCUACUUGUUUUCUUCCAGUUUUGGCAAACAUUUUUGAAAGCCUUUGCACUGUGGACAAACCACUUUCGUCCAUAUUGUAAAUCCGAUGCACAUCAUUUUUUUCUUUUUUUAGGGUAUUUUCCAACGUAUUAAAAAAAUUUUGCACUUGUGGCCUAUUAAAUGCCAUGGUUCUAGCCGCAGACACAGCUUCACGCUGCCUUAGAGAUAUUUCAGGAUGUCGCAUACGAAAUCCUCUCAGCCACUCUCGUCCAGCGCUACGAUCUUUAAAUCUAUUUGGAAUGCCAUUUUUAGUGGCAAACUCAUACGCAACUUUCUUUAUAUCUGUUGUUAUCCCGAACAAUCUAGACUCAAGUAAUAGUAUAUGCUCAACUAACUCUCUUUCUUCGUCUUCAUUAAAUGUGGUUGGAAACCGACCCAAAACUUUCUGACAGCCCUUAGCUCUUUUCUUUGUAUCAUUUGCUCUUCGCCUUAAUGUGGCUUGGGGGAUAUUGAACAAUUUCGAUGCUUUCAGCCACCCCAUUUGGGCACCUUUUACAGCGUUAAUUGCACUUAGCUUUGCUUGUUCAUCCCACGAUUGUCUAGUUGAUGUUCUUUCACGUUUUCCCACGAUAAUGCAUAGUAAAAUGACAUAGUAUGCCAUUUUACCUUCAUGCCUAUCUGUGUCGUUUUACCCGCAGUAACAGAUAGUCCUUUGUUAAUGCAGAAUAAUCUUAUUUCAUAUUAAACGACAUUUCCGCGCACGUGAAUCUGAAGUAUACACUUACAUUUAAAUACUAAUCCUGGUUUUUUCUUUAAAAUCAGCACAAUUUCGUAAUAAAAACAGACUUUCAAACACAUGCAAAAUUUCUACACCGCUAAAAAUAAUUUUUUAAGGUAUCUUCUACAUAUCAUAAACGUAAAACAAAUAGAGUGCCCACAUGAUAGCUGGUCUUGGUUUGUGACAUGCAAGCAAACUAUUGACUAGAUGGCGCCAGCAGUUGGAGAAUAAAUACCACUAUUUCAUUUUACAUGCUAUGUCAUUUUAGGACACCUUCCCCUAUUCUUGCGUCGUGAACGGUAAGGUGUCCAUGCGCUUUUAAGAAUUUAGUACCUUAAUAAUCACUAAAUCUUUUAUUAUUGCCUUGAAAACAUCUAACAUGUUGGUUAUAAAGAUGUUAACUUACGUUGAACUAUGGUAUUAACUAUGGUAUGGUAUAUAACUAUGGUAUGGUAUUUACAGUUAACGUUCUCAUAUGAAACACUCAUGAGUAAAUGCUACACGUUUUGUCCUGGCACAAAAUAACGUCUUAAAGACGCCGUACUUUGAGGUCCGAGUCACCUAUUAGACAUUAAUGUAACGAACAAAUAUCACAAUCAAAAUGUUUUCUUAAAUUGAUGUCAAACGUAAGAAACACACGUAAAAAGACGUCUUAGGAAGAAAACUUAGGAGUUCCAACUAAAUGACCAAUAUCCAUGACAUGAAGCAACUGUCAGCGCUUCAGAUCAUCUCUAAAGACUAAACUCAGGAAUUACUAGAUGCUUAAUUUGUUAGAGGUUCUUUAUCCUUUUACGGAUCUAAGAUUUAUGGAUCCGUCAAAUCAGGGAAAUUCUGUUCCUGAGGACAAUGUUUGGAAAGUUAGCUAAUCUAUGUCUAGAUAGCCAGUUGCCGAGGUCCACUGAAGAAUAAAUACAAUGCAAAAAGAUGUCUAGAUUUUAAUGUUAGAUUUCUUUAGGAAGGUACCGAUUGAGUCUAAUUUUGAUUCUCUCACUUCUUAGACUGGUAUAUUUUGUAUUUUGAUCUCUUGGAGCUGUUUCCUUAAAGAUGCUUUUUACUCAUGGUAUAUAUUACUCCAUUUUUGCCAUAAUAAUUUUUGAAGCUUCUAGUUUGUUUCAGGGAGCUCAGAGAAUAGCUUCCGAUAUCGAAUAUUGGUCAGAAGUCUACUUUGUCGUUCCUAGGAUGCCUGACUGACUUGGAAUCAAUCUGAGUAUCAUUUUGUUCUAAUAUUUUAUUAGGUUUCAGUAAAAUUUGUUGGUUUUUAGUGUAAGGUCUUAAGUUUUUUUUCGUGAAUUGACUAGACCUUUUAAGGAACUUAGAUAGUCUGCUAAGAUGACUAAAUAUCUUAAUUCAUGCUCUUUUAUUUUAAUUAGAGCGUUUUUAAUUGCUUUAGUAAGAGGAUAUUAGUGUCAUCGGGAAGUCUCUGAGAAAGACUCCAACUCUUGCUCACUCAACUCUUGAACCAUCCACAUAUAAAUAUUUGCACAUUUCGGCCAGUUACUAUGUAAAAUAUCCUGAAUUUGCUUCCUGUUAUUAAUAUUUUUAAUGUCAGUGAACUUGCGCAGAUGAAGGCAAUUUAAAAUUGAUAGGACUUAAGACUAUUUAAUACAGGACCGCGUUAUCAAAUAGGCACUCUGGUUCGUCAGGAACAGCUCUUUGUACAGAGAUCCGCAGACAGAGAACUCUAACACAUUUGCCGGCCAUGUGAGUUCACUUAGAGGCGACAUAUUACGACACAUUAAAUUCAGUGAGGCCACACUAAACGCACCAGGCAAUAAUAGUUAGAAUUAGUUACAUCAGUACCUCGCUACAUCACGAAAUUCAUGAGCUUCACGAAUGGACUAGAUUGAGUCGAGAGACUAGAAUGCAGCUAUUUGUUUCACCUCUUACAAACAUUAAGCAGCUAUUAGAGCCUGAACUUUUCUACAAAAGGCCCAGUCAUCACGUGGCGUUAAUUGAACCUUGAUUGAUUGAUUCUUCCCAAUAAUCAUUCGGCUUAUUCAACUUCUAUAGAUGUAGUUUCUUCUGUUCUAACCUGUUGGAACCACAGUCACCGUGGCCAUCGUUUCCGUAAAUGUUUUAGAGCCAAAACUUUCUUCUGUUUCCCAUGUGAUGAUUGAGUAAAAUUUAGUACGGCACGAAGAACAUUAAAUAAAACGGCAUUGCUUUUAAGCCAAGAUCAGAAGAAAAAAAAUGCUCUGAAGAUUUUCUUAUGUAGACGUUUCCUCCUAAGUUACACUUUUAGAAGACGUUGUUUCUUAAGAAUGCAGGGUCGAUAAUACACCUUCCAUUAUAUUGGGACUCAAGUCUAUACUUAUCACAUCUAUGGCCAAAAUUGUUGUCCACACAGAAGAAAAGUCCAUUGUAACUAAUCUAUUUAAGUACAUAUAGACAAAAUAUUAUCAGUUCCCGUCCAUCAAUCGAUUGUCAGUUUGCUUUGAGUAAGAGCUCUAAGAAAUGUACUGGUGAAGCCCAUCUUACAAAUAUACCAGGCCCAAUAAAAAUUUAGGAGACAACAGCCUGAUGAAUGUCUCCAACAAUUUGAGAUCGAGGUUGCUAUAUUAGUAAAUUUGGCUUACCCUGCUGCGCCAACGAAGUUUCGAGAACAAAUCUCUAUAAAUUGUUUUAUUAACGGAGUUCGAGUUCAGAUACUAACCACGUUCUAAGGAUGGUUCGUCAUAAAAGUACAUACUUCAGAAACUUUGACUCAUGGUUUGAAAUAUGACACAGCUUUUAAAACAACUAGAAGGCAGACACGGAUAAGACAAACUUCGGAGAGUGAUCUCAAAAACUGCCUGAAGAAGCUUGAGUCAUUUUUGACUAGAAACCAUAAGAGACCAUUCCAGUGUUGGAAUUGUAAUGAGGAGGAGAACCUUAAACGUCAAUGACCCAAGCUUUUGACACAACGAAGGAACUAGGAAAACCUUAUGAGGCGUAGCCUGGGUGAGUGGUACAAUUUUUCAUAAUAGUACGUAAUGAGAGAAUUUUGUUUCACAACAAAUAAUUCACUAAGAGAUGUAAAAUUAGUAUAGUUCACUCAAAGAUAUACCGGUGACUCCUACUACCAUAAAACAAUUAGACCAUUAAGCACCAUUGUCAAGGUCCAACGUUUUUAAGAGGUGGUAAAGGGAACAGGGUCAUUAUAAAAAUUAUUCCGAUGAUGGAUUCGGGACUUGUUUUUUUCGUUUCAUCACUUCCUUUGGGACGUUUAUAUAUCCCAGUACAAGACUGGAAGUCCUGUCAAAC